AUGGUUCCUACCAGCAACAAGCAAAGUGAAGAAGCCAUUGUAACAGCAGCUGAAACAAAGGUUGGAAAUGAGAGAGAGAUGGAUCAGUCGCUUUCUGGGUUCAGCAACUUUCUUUGGCAUGGUGGCUCUGUUUAUGAUGCUUGGUUCAGUUGUGCUUCAAAUCAGGUGGCACAGGUUCUGUUGACUUUGCCAUACUCAUUUUCUCAAAUGGGGAUGAGUUCAGGAAUCAUACUGCAAGUGCUGUAUGGUUUGCUUGGGAGUUGGACUGCUUAUAUCAUCAGUGUUCUGUAUGUAGAGUACAGAAGCAGGAAGGAGAAAGAGAAUGUCAGUUUCAAGAAUCAUGUUAUACAGUGGUUUGAGGUGCUGGAUGGUCUUUUGGGUCCACAUUGGAAAGCUGUUGGGUUAGCCUUCAAUUGCACCUUCCUCCUAUUUGGCUCUGUUAUACAACUUAUAGCUUGUGCAAGCAAUAUAUACUACAUAAAUGAUCAUCUGGACAAGAGGACAUGGACAUACAUAUUUGGAGCUUGUUGUGCUACCACUGUCUUCAUUCCCUCAUUCCACAACUACCGAAUUUGGUCGUUUCUCGGCCUCGGCAUGACAACUUACACUGCGUGGUAUUUGGCCGUUGCAGCCUUGAUUCAUGGCCAGGAUGAAGGAGUGGUUCACUCGGGCCCUAAAGAGCUGGUUUUGUAUUUCACCGGAGCCACAAAUAUACUCUAUACUUUUGGCGGACAUGCUGUCACCGUAGAGAUAAUGCACGCGAUGUGGAAGCCUCAGAAGUUCAAGUACAUAUAUCUGUUUGCCACCUUCUAUGUAUUCACGUUAACACUUCCAUCGGCUGCCGCCAUGUAUUGGGCCUUCGGUGAUCAACUCCUUAACCACUCGAAUGCCUUCUCUCUCCUUCCCCGUACUGGUUUUCGUGAUGCUGGAGUCAUCCUUAUGCUUGUACACCAGUUCAUCACAUUCGGUUUUGCUUGUACACCACUGUACUUUGUGUGGGAGAAAGUGAUCGGGAUGCACGACACAAAGAGCAUAUGUUUACGGGCGUUGGCAAGGCUGCCAGUUGUGAUACCGAUCUGGUUCUUGGCCAUUAUCUUCCCGUUCUUUGGUCCAAUUAAUUCAGCUGUAGGGGCUCUCUUGGUUAGCUUCACCGUCUACAUCAUCCCUGCUCUUGCACACAUGCUUACGUAUCGAAAGUCUUCCGCUCGUCGGAAUGCGGCAGAGAAACCUCCGGUCUUUCUACCGAGCUGGACGGCUAUGUACAUAGUGAACAUCUUCGUUGUUGUUUGGAUUUUGGUGGUGGGAUUUGGAUUCGGGGGAUGGGCAAGCAUGACAAACUUCAUCAAACAAGUUGAUAGCUUUGGGCUAUUCGCCAAGUGUUACCAGUGCAAGGCGGCACCACCACCACGACGAUCGCCGCCAGCACAUCAUUGAAUCCGAACUCACUACAAACCUUUUUCUUAUACCAAGUUUGUUCUAGCUCAACUUUAGUGUGUAAAUGGCUUGAUGAAUGAUGUUAAAUCAACUUGGGCUAUGAUAAAAAAAGGAUGGCCUAGGUCUGGUGUUACUUCGGU